ACAAAAACAAAAAAAAAUGUGCCCUUUGAGGCUAAUUCUCAUAUUCUUGUCAGCAACACUCGCAGGAUUCUUUGUCCUCAGAAAUUUCCGAUCUCAGCGUAAGAUCGAUGAUGAUGAUGAAGAUGCUGUUUCUAACGCUAAAAUCUCAGAUUCUUCUAAUCCUUCGUCAAAUCAAAAUUCUAAGGUUCGUGCUGCGUUAGAAUCUGGGUUUUGGACUUUUUUGGAUAUGGCUAGUGGUCGUUAUCUUUGGAGGCAUAUGGUAUCUUCAUCUUGAAAGAAAUCUAGCUGAUUAUGUGUUUGACUGAUUGCAAUUUACAUGUGGGUGAUUGAUCAAUAUCAUUUUCCUUUGAUAGUGUAAUAAUACUUGGGGCAAUUUGUAUUGUUGGUCUUGGAUUUUCAAUACAAAUGAUGAUGACGAUAAAAAUGAUGAUCUUCAUGUAUGUGUAUGUUUGGUAUCAUGUUGUGCCAGAAUCACGGUGACACGUCGCGAUUUUUCAAAUGCUAUACUAUGUAGCUUCUGCAAAUCAUGGUGCCAUGAUUCUGGCAUAACGACCUUAACACUACCAAAUAUAGGCAAAGUCAAACAUAUAGAGUGUGUCCUUAAACCGUUUUUGUUAUGGAUUUGAGUUGUUUCCUGUUUUCAUGUGAAGUUGUAAAUUUCAAUGUUUUUUUUAUUGGAUACUUGCUUUUGUGUUCAUGUGGAUGGAAGUUUUUGCACGUGUAGUAAAGAAAUUUGAUAUUAUGUUGGCUUAAUCAAAUGAUGCGUACAUUAGGGGGAACAUUUAGAAGCCAAAGGUAUUGCUAUUGUUUUGUAACAAAAAGUAUCUAAUGUUGAUGUAGGAAUAUUAAUAUGCAAGGGUAUAUGUAUGCAUGAUGAAAGUCUAUGUAACAUAACAGUAGUAGUAGCAAAUGAAAUACAAACAAUGUAAUUCUUAUAUAAAUGAAGAU